GUGCAUUAAUUUUUAAACACAACAACUAAGUAAAUAUGAACGACAACAAUUAUCAAAUGGACAAUUUUUCUAGCUACACGCAACAAGCGCAAUACACCAAACAACCGGGACGUAUCGAGACUCCUCAGUCGUAUUUUUCCUAUUCGUCAGCUUUGCUGAACAAUUUUGGGUCUAACUCUAAUUAUCUAGAUGUCUGUGCGAAUCCUGUACCUCAAAAUAACAGCAGGAAUCAAGGUAACUCGGCUGGAUAUCAGGAACAAGUUGAUAUGUUCAAUUGGGAGAAUCGCGUUAUACCGGACCUAGAGAAAGUGAUAAAAUUCCCGGAUAAAAUAGAGAUGAUUGAAAUAUCGAGUAAGGACUUAAGUCCUGCGAGUUACUGUAGUAACAUGGACUUACUAAUGCCGGAAUUGUAUAAGAAUCAAGGGAAAGAGACGCUUUCUUGUAGCAGAUACGACAGUCAAUGCUAUUACAAUCAGGGAAAUUGCCAAAGAAACUUCGAUUAUCCAUCUUGCGUUCAAUAUGAAACGCCUGCUAAAUGUUGUCCUCAAAAAACUAAUGAUAAUGAAACUUUAAUGAAAAGCUGCAAUUUCACUUCAGACAUAUUUUUGGAAAAUAAUGAUACUUCAACUAAACAUUCUAAUUUCAACAAGCCUUACUGUGAAAACUACAUAGACUAUAACAUGUAUAAUACAUAUGAUAAAUCACAAGAUCCCCAAUUACCAAUUCACAACGACUUUUUCAACAAUACCGGAAAUAUGCAAUUCGAUCCCAUUGACCAACAAACCGAAGAUUCGAACGAAGACAGUGAUAUUAUCGUUGAAGACUCCGACGAAGAAAUAAGUAGUUGUGACGUACAAGAAAAGAAACAGCAAUUUACGAAACUCAACAAGUGCCUUAUAUGCAAUUUAAGUUAUACACCGUUCGGGAUCCAAUUCUAUUUUUUAACUUCGAAGAAUCCUUUGACCAUGUCAACUCAAAAACCAGUGGUGGAAAAAAUUAUCGAAUUAGUCGGAAACGUGUGUACGAGAAGUUAUCUGUGCAGCGAGUGUUUAGGUUUAUUGAACACUAUAGAUCAUCUUCAACUUAAACUGAGUACAUUUAAUACCGAAUUUGUAGGAAAAUAUCAACAGACAUGCCAAGAAAAUAACAUUGAAUACAACAGAGUUAGAAGAGAUAAUGUUAAAAAAGUUACAAGGUACAAGUGUAAGAUUUGCAAAAAAGUUUUGUGCCUUCGAAACUACUUCCAAUACCACUUAAAAAGGCAUAAAACUACGAAAAUACUCUGCGAGCAUUGCGGUAAAAUAUUCACGACCAGAAAAAAAUUCCUCGAACACAAAAAAAGAUGCACCAAACUACCGCCGCCUCGCAAAAUCGAGCCUUACAAAUGCACCAAUUGUUCGAAGAUCUUCCGAACGAAUUCCCAAUUAAAGUGCCAUUUGAACGUGUGCUUGGGAAUGCUGCCGUUCGAAUGCAAACACCACCAUUGCGACAAGAAAUUCGCGACCAAAACCCAACUGAAGUACCACGUGAAACUCAAGCACGAUAAAAAAUUCGUCGCCAUCUGCUCCAUCUGCAACAUCGGGUUCGUCAAAUUAGCGGCUUACAAAAACCACAAACUCACCCACACCUCGGAGAAGAAACACUCCUGCAACAAGUGCGAGAAGAGCUACAAGACGCUGAGCAAUUUGAGAUUCCACAUGAAAGUCCACGAUAAACUCCUGCCCUUCAAUUGCCCGAUCUGCGAGAAGGGUUUCUUGCGAAAGGACUACUUAGACACUCACGUCAACAAGCACAGGAACAUCAAAAACUACGAAUGUAACGUGUGCAAGAAAAAAUUCGGUUCUCAGAAAAGCCUGGACGCUCAUUCUAAAUACCACGAGGAAUCCAAAAAAGUGACGUGCAAUAUUUGCGGCAAGACAAUGAUCAACGGCUUCAAAGACCAUUUAAGGGUGCACAAUAAUUUGAAGGAAUUCGAGUGCGAACAUUGCGAUCACAAAUUCAACACUAAGGGCGCUCUCAACAAGCACGUCAAGAAGAAACAUUUCGAAAAGUAUAAUGGCGAUUAAUUGCCAAGUUUGAAUUAAAUAUGUUUUUAAUUAAUUGCGGUUUUCUUUCUAUA